UUAAUGACUCAACUUCAAAGUCACCCUGUAUAUGCCAAUCACUGAUAUAGUAUAUAAAAGCUCGACUGAAUACAUACAGCCUUAUUAAGUGUGUGUAGACACAGAAAAUACCUACACAACAAUGGCGUUCAAAGUCUUGUUGACCCUUGCCGUAGUAGUGUGCAUCGCAGUUGCCUACGAUCUGGACACCGGAAUGUGGGUCGCCCACUGCGCCAGAAAUGCAACUAUUCAUGGAGUACCAGCAGCUGGAGUGCCAUCACACAGUCCUGCUUUCGUCACAAGAUUCGUCAGAAAUAUCACAUUUCCCCUCGGACUUGCUGUUAUCCACGCAUCCAUAAUUAACCCCAACUGGUAUGGUGUCCCUGAUGUGCAGAUAAAAGCUAGUCAAUUGUCAAAUGACUCCGCCAAGGUGGCUAAGUUCGAUUACGACCUCUACUGGCCAAAGUUCGAAGUAGAAGGACAGUACACAGCUGAAAUGGAAGGCCUAAUUCAUAGCUACCAUGAAGGAAACUGGUCAGUUUUGUUGUCGGAAGUACACUGGAGUGGAGAGAUGGACUUUAACAAAGAGAAACUGCACAUUGACAAACUCAAGAUUCAUUGGAAAGUCGAUGAUGUUAAGACUAGUAUCACCGGUGGGGGAAUUCAAGGAGAUACACUAGCUGCUACGAUCAAAUACAGCUUGCAAACCGCAUUCAAAAUGAGAUCGGCCGACCUAGGAACUGAAGUAGUGUUGGGCUACAGACUGAAUGAGGUAUGGCUGAAGAAUGCCACUAAGGUUGAAGCUCUUCUGGACUGGUGCCGUCAUCAGGAAAAGUAAUCUUCUGGUCAAGAGAUUGUUAAUUUUAUUAGCUUCAUAAACGUCUAGUACUGUUA